CGGGAAGCUAGUAUCGGACACCAAACGCGAACCUGUUCAUGUUCAACGGUACCUAAGCUGCAUGCAUGAGCUUGCAGCAUUCAUUAUGCAUCAAUCAGACGACGUUGUUGUUGAGCUGACCGCUUUUGUUGACUAUUCAUUGGGGGGCCCUCUUGACAAGCACAGCUCCAAGGAAAGAAAGGCAUGUAGCUCUUAAUCUCGAUUUGUCUGACAAGGUCUAGAACAGCUAGGUUAGUGCAAUCGAUGACGACGCUUCCCGGGUUGAGCUGCCACUAGAGCUAGCUACCCUCCUCGCAACGUUCCACCAUAAAGCUUCAACGACAGGAACCUUGGCAUCGGCUUUCGUCUACAUUGUUUACAUAGACCACUUUUAAAAGCAAACAUUCUCCCCACCGCUCACACCUCAAAAGGUUCUUGCAGAUUACUCUUCAGCUGCGACCCUUUCGAGACCAUUCCCUACACCUCUGCCGUCCUCGCUGCCAACAUGGUUCACCUCACCUCAAUUCCCUCCCACGAGGAGGCCGAUGACAAAAUCGUCAGUGGUGUCAAGAAAGUCCAUCUCCAGCUUGCCAAUGACGAGGACAAGUUUACUACGUCGGUCUACGGCUCUCGCUUCGCCAUCGAUGACCUACCCAAGCACGAGAUGGCGGAAAACGAGAUGCCCAAGGAGGUUGCCUACCGCAUGAUCAAGGACGAGCUCAGCUUGGACGGUAACCCGAUGCUCAACCUAGCUUCAUUUGUGACAACCUACAUGGAAGAAGAAGCAGAGAAGCUCAUGGCCGACUCUUUCUCCAAGAACUUCAUUGACUACGAAGAGUACCCCCAGUCGGCCGACAUCCAGAAUAGAUGUGUCGCCAUGAUCGGGCGCCUGUUUAAUGCUCCCGUCGGAGCGAGCGAGGGGGUUGGCGCGGUCGGGACCAGCUGUGUGGGAAGCUCAGAGGCCAUCAUGCUUGCCGUCUUGGCCAUGAAGAAGCGAUGGAAGAACAAGCGCCUGGCCGAGGGCAAGUCCGUCGACAAGCCGAACCUGAUCAUGAGCAGUGCCGUCCAAGUGUGCUGGGAGAAGGCCACUCGCUACUUUGAGGUCGAGGAGAAGCUCGUUUACUGCUCUCCCGACCGCUACGUCAUCGACCCCAAGGAGACGGUCGACCUGGUUGAUGAAAACACCAUUGGUAUUUGCGUCAUUCUCGGCACUACUUACACUGGCGAGUACGAGGAUGUUCGCGCCGUGAAUGACCUUCUAAAUGAGCGCGGACUCGAGACUCCGAUCCACGUCGAUGCCGCCAGCGGUGGCUUCGUCGCCCCCUUUGUUGUUCCAGACUUGGAAUGGGACUUUCGCUGCGACCGCGUCGUGUCCAUCAACGUCUCGGGCCAUAAGUACGGCCUUGUCUAUCCCGGUGUGGGCUGGGUGGUAUGGCGCUCGGCCGAGUUCCUGCCCCAGGAGCUCGUCUUCAACAUCAACUACCUCGGCGCCGACCAGGCGUCCUUCACCCUCAACUUCAGCAAGGGUGCCUCGCAAGUCAUUGGGCAGUACUACCAGCUCAUCCGUCUGGGCAAGCACGGCUACCGCGCCAUCAUGUCCAACUUGACCCGCACGGCCGAUUACCUCUCCGACAGCCUCGAAGCGCUGGGUUUCGGCAUCAUGUCCAAGAAGUCGGGAGAGGGUCUGCCGCUCGUGGCUUUCAGGUUAACCCCAGACGAGGACAGAAUCUACGACGAGUUUGCGAUUGCGCACCAGCUCAGGGUCAGGGGCUGGGUCGUUCCCGCGUAUACGAUGGCGCCGCACACCGAGAACCUCAAGAUGCUGCGCGUUGUGGUCAGGGAGGACUUUACGCGCAACCGGUGCGACGCCUUGAUCGCCGACGUGAAGCUGAGCUUGGAGCUGCUCAACCAGAUGGACAAGAAGGAGCUCGAGAGGCACCAGGAUGUCAUCCACAAGCAUGGAACGCACAGCGGCAAGGCAUCGCACAACCAUCCGAGGUUCAGGAAAGAAAAACAUUCGCUGCAAGGAAAGCACGGCAAGACACAUGCGGUGUGCUAAUGGGACUUUUGGAGAAAGCUGAACACAGUAUGGGUGGGCUCACUUGCCACAUGCUAGAAGCCCGGGUCGUAGUCCUUAAUACAAGUCGUCAGUGCAACACAUGUUGUGCUACCCACCCUUGGACGUCGCGAUUGGCCACCGUCAAUCAGAUCACACGUGCAUGACCAAGAUGAUCAAACAUGUAAAAAGAAAUUCAAUAAAGAAGCUAAAAAGAGGUAUGCCCAAUUCGGCCUGACUUCCAAAGGUACAGACCAAUAAGCACAACUUCUCCAACUACAAAGUCUCCGGAGGGGGAAUCUCGUGCUAAACAAUUGGACAGAUAAAUUAAGUAGAAUAGGGUAGACGAGAGAAAGUCUGAGAGCUAGGGAGGCCAUCGCUAGUUCCCACACCCCCCCAAGUCAUGAUUGUGUUUUUUCCUCAUUUGAUAUUAACUCUCCCACCCCGUCAACUGCCAAGCCCUGGAAAACUCUUGGUUACCGAUACACUUGGUUCCCAAGAUUUAAAAAAAUAAGCAAGGCCUUAUAUGAUGUUUGCAAUGCUGAUCCUCGACUGGCUCUUGCUCUUUGCCGAUCCCACCGACGGGCUCCCCGUCACGCUGCCCUCGCCCGCGGGCCCCGCGGCAGCAGACGCGGGACUCAGUCCCGCCCGUGGCGGCAGGGCGGCGUGCUCCACCUUGACUGGCG